CAGGGCGUCCCUCUCUUGGAUUCCCAUUGGCCUCCAGGGCUGUAUUGUUGACAGGCAGCCAGUCAGCCAGCCGGUGGGGAUGUACAGGUGUUGGUAGAAAGUGUAGCUCAGGGCUGCGGGCUUGUUGAGAGAGCGGGCGAGGCCGGGCUGGGCUCCGCAAGGCGAGGCGGAGGCAGCUCUUGAAGAGCGGUUGCUGGGGGGAGUUAUGUCGGGGCCGGGGAGGUGGUGGUGGUGGUGUGUGUUGUUCAUGUGAGAGGGCGAGCGCAGGAAACAGCUGGUCACCGAAAAUAGCUGCGGCCCUCGGGGCCGGCCUAAGGUCCAAGAGGUGUGGCUUUGGGUCCCACGGCAGAGGGCGCUGCAUUACUCUGGUCUGAGAGCGAGAAAGUGAAGAUAUCCAGUGAGGUUUAAAAAGAUUUCGACAAGAGAAGGCAAAGACGCCAAAAGCUUCUAAGCAAACUUAGUAGCCACGGGGGGGGGGGGGAGAUGAGGGCUUCUUCUAAUACUUAAAACAGAAGGAGUAGAUAAAACGUCCCUUCAUAAUGGAGGGACAUGAAACCUUGAAGUUCUCCAUUGACACUGCUGGUCUUUAACAUGUUCGUAAAUGACCUGGAGUCAGGGAUGAACGAUGAAGGAGCUACACUUACAGGUGACACUAAAUAUUUCAGGAUGAGGAAAUCCUAAACGGAUUGAAUUAGUUCCAAAAGGGCCUCUCUAGACUGAGCAGCUGUAUGGCUGAUGACAUUCAGCGUAAGUUACGUGGAAAGGGCGUGGGGUGGGAGAAUCGUAGCCAUAUGCACCAAUGGAGUCUGAAUUUGCUGCAAACACCUGGGAAUGAGAUCCUGGAGUCAUAGUAGGAACCUCCGGUGUCACUGAAAAAAUCUGCUUAGUUUUGGUGGGUUGUGAGAAAAGCUGAGUUCAGUGGUAGGAGUUGUUGAGAAAGAGACUGGAAAUAAAGUGUUUCUGUCACCAUUGUCACCUUAAUUUCAAUCCCCAGAGGACAGAGAAGCAGAACAAUUUGCUGUUCAGCAUGGAAAAUGGGGAUUUCAGCAAUGUAUAUGAAAAUAUAGAAAAUGCUACACUCUAUGAAAUUCCAAAUUUGGAGGAUGCAGAAGUUGAACAAAUUUAUGAUCAAGUCAGCGAAAACCUAGUGUUCCCUUCUCCCAUGGUGUAUGACACUGUGGACAUGGAAUGUCAGGAGAGCCCAGAAAAUAGCCACACCAACUCUCUGACCUUUCAGCCUGAAUAUGAUGGUGGGGAAGAGACUGAUUCUUCUCAUCAUGAAACUCCAGACCGGCAAGAUACUCCAGAAGACCAGCAACACAAGCAAAUACAGCUGUUGAGCCCAAGACUGAGCAAUGAAAGUUCCGAGGGGAUGGCAUUUGAAAAUAAAGAACUGUCUUUGAAUGAUUUCAGUCUAAAGAAGAUCCAGGGCACUUCAAAAAACUUUCCAGUUACAUUCAGGUUUCCAAGCAGCAACAAUUUAGAAGAAAACAACAACUUUCAGAAAGAGGAUCAUGAAAUUUUCCUCAUUGUUAGGGUGAGUGCUUUUGCCAGAUAUAUACACAGUUGUGUGAAUCAGACUUAGCAUGUGUUUCCCCUGCCUGUUGAAAGUAAGGACGUCUGUUUUAGGCUUGUGGUGUUAUAGUUCUGCCUGAUGAAAGAUUCUUUAUCAUUCAGAAGCUUGUCAGCUCCUAUGGAAGGGUGUUUCAAAAAGAAAUAAUAUUUGUCCUCGUUUACAUAAUUCACAUGACCUUAUUUUAUGUCACAUGACAAUUGUCUAUACCUAACUAUGUUUUGAAUAUUUGAUCAAGGUUCUUUUGUUGCUUGCCUUCAAAUGUCAGAGUUUUGAGGUACAUUUUACACACUUGACAAAUAUAUUGUUCAUGAACUUGGAUAGGCUAGAAUCUACAUAAUCAUAUAUUGCUAAUAAAUUACACUAUUGCCUACUAAGUAUCAUGCUUUAAUAAAGUUGAGUUUUAAGGCA